AUGCUGCGUGAAGCAUUUUUUAUAUUCAUAUGCGUGGCAUGGGCGGGAUUUGCUAUUCAUCUCUCGCCGUGGUUGAAGGGCAUCUCCCACGGAGUUGAAGCUUACAAUGCUACUGCAUUUAAUUACCCAGUGCCAUUGUCUACACAUGAUGAAGAGCACACGCGUCUACUGCAGAAUCUUCAGCGAUCUAGUGGGAAAUGGGACUCUACCCACCCUCGACAUCGGUUGUUAACUGCCCUACAUGGAUAUACCCGCUACAAAGACAAAAACCUGGCGGAGGUGACUCGAUGGAGGAAUCUUUACAAAAAUGUCCCAAAGCAGCAGAGAAUAUUGCUCGAAUCAACCAUCCACUACACGCGUAAACUCAACACAAUGGAACAUCUUCUUGAGACAAACAACGAACUCGCCAGAUCUAUUGUUGACCACGGCCUUUGGUUCUACAAUAUCAGUCAAUCCGAGCUGGACGAAUUCGUCGAAGAAAGCGAGAGUCAGCAGCGGUCCGCUGAUAAGACUAGCGUCUCCCAGGGAAUGAAGCAUUUUGUGCGUGACUGGGCAGAUGAGGGCCAAGAAGAACGUCAACAAUCCUUUGGGUGUAUCUUGAAAUCGCUCGCCCAGACACCACGGGCGAACGAAAGACCCUUGCGAGUGCUGUUGCCUGGGGCGGGAUUGGGAAGACUGGCGCAUGAGGUUGACAAUCUUGGAGGCUUUGAGGUCACCAUGAAUGAAUGGUCAACAUACAUGAAUCUGGCAUACCGUUAUGUGUCCAGUCGCUCAGCCCCUAACAGUGAAUCAUUCCACCCAUAUAUCGACUGGUGGUCUCAUCACACGACGACCGAUGAUCUCCAGCGCUCCGUUACAUUUCCAAACCAAGUUAUUCGCCCAUCAUCUGUCUUGCUCAUAGAGGGAGAUUUCACUACGGUAUUCGAAGAACACACAGGCCAAUACGACAUAAUCGUGACCUUGUUUUUUAUUGAUACCGCACGGAACCUAGUAUCUUACCUUGAGACCAUCCACAGACUUCUUCGUCCUGGUGGCCGUUGGGUGAACCUAGGUCCUUUACUGUAUGGUACCGCUCCAUUUGUACAGUUAUCACUAGACGAGAUUGUGGCCGUGAGUGAGGGCGUGGGAUUCGAGUUUCAGGAAACAGAUCCCACAAUUGGAAAUACCACGUUGCCUGACUUGCGAGUGCGAGGCUUGGAGGUGGCAUAUGGUCGAAAUGAGCGCGGGUUGAAUAAAAAUGCAUAUCAGGCGCAGUAUUGGGAGGCUGUUAAGCUCUAG